UUCAAUCAAGAACAAAAUUGAUAAGAGGCAAUUUGGCUCUUUGAAGAAUUCCUCAACGACUCAUAAUUUAAUUAGUUUGGUACAUCACUUAUUAAAGGAAACUGAUGCGUCAAAGUGCGCCGUUAGAGUGUUUCUUCUUGACUUUUCUAAGGCUUUCGACCUGAUAGACCACAACAUUUUGUUGCAUAAAUUAUUGGAAUUGAACGUUCCCCCAACUAUUUUUAAUUGGAUUAAAAGUUUUUUAACUGGACGGAGGCAAUGUGUGAAGCUGGGUAGUUGGUCUUCGAGUUGGAAAGUUUUAAACGGAGGAGUACCGCAGGGAACUGUUUUGGGUCCUGUUCUUUUUUUGGUUAUGAUCAACGAUCUCCUCGAUGAAUGGCCCGACCGAUGGAAGUAUGUAGAUGAUAGUACGGCUACUGAAAGUGUCAUGGUUGAUUGUAGCAGUAAUCUUCAGGAUCUCGUCGACUAUGUCUAUAAUUGGACGGUUACAAAUAAUAUGAAACUUAAUGUCACUAAAUGUAAAGAAAUGAUCCUUGACUUUG